AUGGCAAAGAAUAAAGGUCAAAGUGUAGAACAUAGACAAGUUAGUAAGGAAAUUUUAAGGUGGACAGAUGAUAUGGAUCAAAUAUUGUUGAAUGCUUUGAUGGAAGAAGCAAAUAAAGGGAAUAGGCAUGAUGGUGCAUGGACAACAGAAGCAUACUCUAAUGUCGUAGAUGCUUUACGGUCUCUCGUUGCUCCAACCAUGACAAAGCAACAUAUAAAAAAUAGAAUGAAAACUUUGAAAGAUCAUUUUGCUGAAUCAUAUGAUCUAUUUGGUAGCCUAAGUGGAUUUGCAUGGAAUCCGAUAUCAAGGAGGUUCGAGGCCGAGGAUGAAGUUUGGCAAGAUCUUAUACGAGAAAAACCACAUGCUGCAAAGUGGAAAACCAUGCAAAUUAGGCAUUAUGAUGUUUUGAAGGAGCUUUUUGGCCUCGAUCGAGCAGUGGGGAAAAAAUCAUCUACUAAUAGAAUGAGACACAAUCAACUGGAAAAGGAGAGGGAAAAGGAAAGAGAAAAAGAAAAGGAUAAUGUUGAUUUGAAUGACCCUGUUGAUGAUACUUACAUGGAAGACCAGCAUACUAGUAUAUUUGAUGAAGUGCGAGAAGAACCCCCAAUUGUUGACUCAUAUAGUCCUCCAGCAUAUGGGCCAUCAUCACAUCAAUCUACAGGGACAUAUGGUUCUCGCGGAACGAAACGUAAGGCUCCAAUGAAUGAUUUUAUGGAAGCUCAAUUGGAUAGAAUGACAAAUAGCAUUGGACUUGUGGCUGAUGCUAUGAAUAACGGUAAUAACAUUUCUGAUCAAUUGCAUGAUGUGGCUAAACAACAAAUAGAAAUAUCUGAACGACAAGUUGCAUCUAUUGAAAAGCGCAAUGAAAUCUUACAAAAUAGCAGACCUCGAGUGUAUACAGGAGCUGAUGUAUGGAACAUGUUGUCUGAGUUGGAUCUGCUUCAGCAAUUUCGUUUGAAAUGCUAUGAAGUUCUUUGCAAUGAUAACAAAAAAAAAAGAGCUGAUUUUUGGUGUGCCCCCUGA